AUGGCCUUUCCAGGCACAACAGGCGGCGUGGCGCCGAUGGGCGGCCUCGGAGGUUCCCCCGGCAUGCAGGGUAUGAAUGACCAGGAGCAGGCAAUGGUCAAGAUGAUGCAAGCCGGUAUGGAGUCUUGCCCGAUCAAGACCGUUAUCGCAGGCACCAUGGGUUUCGGUCUUGGUGGAGCUUUCGGUCUCUUCAUGGCCAGUAUGUCCUACGAUUCGACCUUCACACCCCAGGGCCGCGCUAUUGCCGACCUCCCCUGGCGCGAGCAAGUUCGUCGCGGUUUUAAGGAUAUGGGUUCUCGCUCUUGGUCGUCUGCGAAGAACUUCGGUAUCGUCGGUGCGCUCUACUCCGGUACUGAGUGUUGCAUUGAGGGUCUCCGCGCCAAGAACGAUCUUACCAACAGUGUUGCUGCUGGUUGUGUCACUGGUGGUAUUCUCGGUGCGAAGGCUGGUCCCCAGGCUGCUGCUUUUGGUUGUGCUGGUUUCGCCGCGUUCAGUGCGGCUAUUGAUGCCUACAUGAGAAUGCCUGCCAGCGACGACUAA